CAAAAUUUGCAAAAGAACAAACACAAGUAGUCUUAAUUAAUUGUCUUUGAGGAGAACACAAGCCAUGGAUUCUUUAAGAGGCCAAGGUGGCAUUCAGAUGCUUUUAACUGCUGAACAAGAAGCCGGACGGAUCGUUUCGGCUGCAAGGACCGCAAAACUAGCAAGAAUGAAGCAAGCGAAAGACGAGGCUGAGAAGGAGAUGGAAGAGUACCGGUCCCGUUUAGAAGAAGAGUAUCAGACACAAGUUUCUGGGACGGACCAGGAAGCAGCUGCAAAACGUUUAGAAGAGGAGACAGAUGGCAGGAUUAAGAACCUUAAGGAUUCUGGUUCAAAGGUCUCCAAAGAGAUUGUCAAGAUGCUCAUCAAGUAUGUUACCACUACUGGAGCAUGAUUCUCAAUACAGUCACGUGACUCACGUCAUAGUACCUUAUUUUCUUGCUAAUAAAAUCGUUUGAUAUGCUUAAAGUUCCAGUUUCUUGGUCUGCGCAAAUCGAGCCAAACAGAUAGUCCAUGCGUAUAGACACAUUUACAUGAUGAAACUAAUUAGAAC